GCGGAUCAGCAAUGAUGAUGAUGAUGACGACAAACUCGACAAUGGCGACGAACAUGGCGACAAAGUCGACGACGGCGCCAUCGUCCACGUCCACGGUGGCCAGCACAUUGACCGACUGCAGCAGCAUGCAGGGCUCAACGACCAGCUCGGCCUCCAGCGAUGUGAUGACGCUGACCACAACGGCCGCCUCCUCCUGGUGUGCCAUUCCAGCGAGUUCCCGUCUGCGCGUUCUGCGUCUGGUCCGACCCCACCAGCGUCGAUUGCUCGUCGUGCCCGGCGAGCGCAGUGCCACCUUCGGCUUUGCGGUGCGUGGGGGCAAGGAGUACGGCACCGGUUUCUUCGUCUCGCACGUGGAGCACGGUGGGGAGGCGCAGCUAAAGGGCUUACGGAUUGGCGAUCAAAUCUUACGCAUUAAUGGCUUUCGUCUGGACGAUGCCGUGCACAAGGAGUUCAUACAGUUGGUGGCCAGUCAGGAUCGUGUCAUACUGAAAGUGCGUGGCGUGGGAAUGUUGCCAGUGAAGGAUCAGGUGGACGAGCGGCUGUCCUGGAAUGUGGUCAAGAUGCCGAGCGUGAGCGGCACGCCUUCUGAAAGCUCCUUUAAGACGUGCAACGUGAUGGAGCGACGAGCCGCUAGCCGUGACAUCAACGUGGUGCUGCAUGUGGCGCCCCGCACAAAACUCGGCCUGGGAAUAUGCAAGGGUCCGGAAUGGAAGCCCGGCAUCUUUAUACAAUUCACGAAGGAGCGAAGUGUGGCACGCGAGGCCGGUCUACGUCCGGGAGAUCAAAUCCUUAGCGUUAACAGCAUCGACUUCUCCGAUGUGCUGUUCAGCGAGGCUGUGGCUGUGAUGAAGAGCGCCAGCAAGUUGGAUAUGAUUGUGCGCACAGCGGCGGGCUGCGACCUGUUUCCAGGGGAGUCCAGUGGCUACAACAGCUCGGCCAGCUCAGUGACUGGCGACCAAAGUCCCUGCUGGGCGGACCCCAAGUCCAAGCGGCUGACGGCCGUGCAUGAAGAACCGCCCAUACAGGGUUGGGUGCACGGCAUGGAGGUGCACAAGCAACUCAACAAGACCAUCAUAAAGCUGUCCGAAAACGGCACCUCGAUCAACAACACCUACAUAGCCAGCAAUGUGACAGCCCCAAAGACUACUUAUGGCCCCACAGGGGCGCCAACACCACCCCCACUACAGAUGGAUCUGCAGAGGAUCCAACGGACGCAGUCGACUUCGAUGAGCAGAGCCCACGGCAGCAGUACGAGCAAUCGCAGCACCAUAAAGCGCAACAUUCCCCGACCUGUGACAUCACAGCCACCGCCCCGAUCGCCACCAAAGUCGCCACCGGCAGCACCAAAAACAACAACAGCAACGACAGCAACAGCAACAGCAGCAGCAGCAACGGAGGCAAUCAAAAGUGAAACGUGCGCCGGCAGCACGCUCUCCAGUGCCAUAAACGAGGAGCUGAAGAAGCGCAAAGAGAAGCAGAAGCAGCAACAGCAGCAACAGCAUCAGCAGCAGCAGCAUCAGCAGCAACGCAACAACCACAACAGUCACUUUAAUCGGGAACGCGAUCGAGAUGAAGAUCGGCCACACAAUCACAAUAGCAGCCACCACAACAUCAUCGGUGGUGCAGGGAAUUCUCUUGCGGUUGCACGCCAAGUGUCACAUAAGCAGCGCUCAUCGACGGCCGUUGCUGGCAUCGCUGCCGCAUCGCAUGGCAGCGAGUGCAAGAGCAACGGGGCCGGUGGAGAUCAGCACACAGCGCUGAUGGACGAAUUCAAGCGGGCGCAUCAGCGCAUGUUCAGGAACGGGUUCCAUGAGAGCGAGCACAAGCAGCGCGGCGAGACGCUAAAACGCACUUCGAUUAUGCCCGAUGAUAGCUGCUAUCGCAGCAAUAACACCAGCAGCAGCAACAACAACAACAACAACAGCAAUAACAGUCGACAGUUGCUACUUAAUGGUGGAGCGAGCAACAACAACAACAACAACAACAAUGGCAUACCAGAAUUGCCGCCACCGCCACCAGAGUUUGCAAAUCCACAGCCGCCUCAAGCGCCACAGCAGUUGAAUGGAGUGUCCAAGGCCAGCCAGCAGGCCUCCUCCCCCUCUCCUCUCUCGCCCACUCGGAAUGUUGCCCCCUCUGUGACGGUGGGUGGCUUGCGAGCGCCAGCAACUCCCAGGCCCGACUACGAUGCCGUGCAGCGACGACCGGGGAGCGGCCAGAAUGGUGGUCAGAACGGCGCCCAGAAUGGCAAUCAGCGGCGAACACUGCGGCUGGGCACAGUGACCAUUGGGGAGUACAGUGAGCAGCGGGGCGCGAACGGGAAGCGGGACACGCUGCAGCGCACAACGCUGAAGAAGACGCCGUCCAAUGCCCAGCAGCAUCAGCUCCUCGGCAGCAAUUACGAGUCCGGCACACCCAAUGGAGCGCCCAUCGGCAAUGGCAUACUGAAGAAUGGGGGCCGGAGCAGCGCCAGCUUCAGUCGCCAGCAUACGGAGAAGUCCAUUAAGUUCGGCAACUGAGGGGCGAGAGCCCAGAUUUCUGUGCAAUAUUCUUCGAGGGACAGAGGGCAGGAGCCUUUGUUCAGAUAUAGAGACAGGACAUUAAUUAUUUACUUAGUACAAACAUAUAAGAUACAUACGAGUACGCGUACAUACACCAUAUCUAUAAUAUAUAAUAUAAUAC